GUGGCCUUACGGGUUUCCUUGUCUUUGCAUGAGGGGUAGUGCAUUUGGGCGGUUCGGUUCGAUACAGCUGCAGAGGGGCCCCUCUCCCUGAUGUCUUUGGCUCUCCAAGCUCGGGCCCCCUCCCAAAGGGUCAGGGGUCCUUUUGUGGUCGAUCAGAGAGGCGGCGGUGGUUUCGCGCCAGCCGCGGCGGGCGUUCUCCUCGGUGCACGUGGAGCGGCUGAAAAGCUGCACAACACCUUCGAGGGGCCCAACGCCGACCUGGACGUGCGCUUCUCCCCCGCCAAGCGCGCGCUGCUGGACGCGCGGGGGCGGGAGGCGGCCGAGGGGCGACCCACGGCGGAGCAGGUCGCCGACACGCGGCGGAUACGGGAGCGGAAGGACGCCGGGGACUGGCAGGGCGCGCUCCAGGUUCUGCGCUCCCUGGACGCCCCCACCCAGUUCCAGUACGCGACCGCGCUGGACGCCUGCACCAAGGCGCUGGCCUACGAGGAGGCGUGGGAGCUGUGGCGUGAGAUGCCGGCCUCAGCGCACGGGCCGUCGCGGGUCGCUGCGCACAACAUGAUGAUCAGGAUGUGCGGGAGGCUCAAGAAGCGGGAUGAAGCCCAGCAGUUGUUCGACAACAUCUUGCAGCAGGGCCUGACGCCCUCGGUCAUCUCGUACACGGAGCUGAUCCAAGCGUGCGCGAUGGUCGGGGAGUGGGAGGAGGCGAUGCGCCUCCUGGACAGACUGCGGGCGGCCGAGCAGUGGCAGCAGGCCGCCACCGUCUCGAAGCAGAUCGCCUUCGCCGGUGCUCUGACCGCCUGCGGACGCAGGGGCCGCUACGAGGAGGGCAGGCAGCUGUUUGAGCUCAUGCGCCAGGAGCACGUGCCUGCGCAGCACAACCACUUCAACACGCUGCUGACAGCCUGUGCCUAUCGCCGCGACGCCGCCACGGCCGCUGUGGUGUUCGCGGAGAUGAAGGCGGCGGGACUGGAGCCGCGCAUUGAGGACUACACCUCGUUCAUGGUCAGCAACGUGCAGGACGUGGCCGCGUGCGAGGCCCUGCUGGCUGAGGCGCGCGGCCGCGGGCUGAAGCCCGGGAGGCUGUGCCUCGAGGCGCUCGCGGCGGCGGCGCUGCAGGCGGGGGACCACGCGCGGGCGGCCGCGGCGCUGCAGGAGGCCCUGAGCACCUGCGCCAUGCCGCCCACCCGGAAGACCCAGCAGCUGGAGGAGCAGGUGCUGGCUGCCGCCGGCGGCCGCGCGGGCCCCCCCCGCGCGGGCGGCGCCGGGCCCGAGGCCCCGCUGCCCGCCGGGUGGCUCUCCGCCACCUGCCCGAGCUCCGGGCGCGCCUACUUCUGGCAGGCCGCCAGCCCCCACGCCACGGUCACGUGGCAGAGGCCGUGAGCGAGGCGCGGGCCGCCGGGCCGCCGGCGGGGCUGGGGCGGCGCCUCGCGCGCCGCACCCCCUUGGCGUCGUAUGAGCAAAAAGGGGCCGCCGCCGUCGCGACACGUCUGGCGGGUUUCUGCUCGACGGAGCACCUUGGCUUGGCUCGAGAGGGCGCCUCGUGGCCAAGGAGUUGGACC